GUCUGAUGGCGCGUCUGCCGCUGUUUUUGGACCACUUUGAAAGAAGCCAACUGUAUACCAGAAAGACCUUAGCAUCGCAAUUGGCCGCUCAAUCGUGCUGAUGGAGGCUGGCUGGGCAGGGAGUGGUGUUUCUGGACGGCGAUCUAUACAUCUAUGCCCACGUCGUGCAGACACUUUUGGUAUAGUGUGAAUGAAAACUAAAGCGUUCAUAGGCAUCCCGGGUAGAAAGGCAGAAGGCUUGAUUGAACCGUCGGACGUGUGACGCAAAACCAACAUCCUCCAAUCCUCAUGAAAACGUGGAGUGAUCCCAGCGCUCAUCAGCGAAUGCCCCUUUCCAGCCAAGCUCGCGCAAACCCUCGAGCAUUCACUCCAGUAUGUCAACUGGUGACCGGAAACCUCGCCGGCGUUGUAGAUUGGGCGAAGAUGACGGGCACUACACCCGCAUCAUCCAUCAUCCGGCCGACGCCACCUCAAUUUCCCCCCUCCCUUGGGAAGAAAGAGCAGUUACCCAGCAGCUGAGCGAAAAUCUCGUUAUAGACUUUGGUCAAUAACCCAACACCAUGUCCACAGCCUGCCGCUAAAUUGCAUGAUCAACAUCGACCAAAGUCCAGCCGCAGUCACGAUGUAACGCAGCUAGCUGUAAGACGGGCAGACAACGCCCUUGGGAUAAAAAGCAAGCCCACCGCAGGGCUUCUCCUCUUGUCUUUGCGAAUCAGCCCUGCGGUUUCUUGGGGUUUUGAGAUCGGGGUGAGUGGUGGCACGGGGUGAUUAGACUCCGUGAUUACCUGCGGCCGAGGAGCUGAACGCCAGAAUAAGCAAUCGCCCAACCCCAGAACCCGGUUCGCGACGCCACCUUCCCCUCCUCCAACUUUACUCAACAGCCAUUGAAUUGAAGCAGAAGCUGAUUCGAUCGUGACUCGGAUCUUUUUUUUUUGUUUCCUACUGCAGCUGCUGCAGGAACGAGAAGCGUCGUUGAUGUGUGGCACAUCCCUCACGACAUUGUCGAUCGGACGCCACCUUGAGGUUCGUUGGCAAAUUCAAUUUCCGCCUAACAUGCGAGCUGGGCAGCCUCUGUGUAUCAUAGAACAGCACGAGAAAGCCCAACGGCGCAGCCUUGCGCUGUGCGCCGUAUACUUAAGGGGCGAAAUAUCCACAGUUGAGACGUAGGAUACUGAGUUCUGGGUCAACAUAUCAGCUCGGUAGUACAAGAAGUCCACAAACCCUCAAUCUCUCUUUCCAGUACACUCACGCGGUUCAUUCCCAUCAUGCUCAAGGCACUUCUUAUUUCUGCUCUCUCGGCCUCAGCCCUCGCCGCUGAUGCCUUCCCCGUCUUCAACAAGCGGCAGACGGUCCCGAUCCCGUGCAGCGAGUCCGGCCGAAAGGCCUGCGGCGAUGGCUGCAUUCCCCUGACGUACACGUGCUGUCCGGACCAGCAGGGCGGAUGCCCCCUGAGCUCGACAUGCUGGCUCGGCACCAACGGUGCGUACGGGUGUUGCCCGAUCGGCCGGCGUUGCACGGGCCCGGGCGGAGUUGAUACCCUGCCCGGCAGCACGGUAACCUCCACCAUCUUCUUCACCGAGUCGGUGCCGGACGACGAGACUUCGACGUCCUUUUUCGUCUCGACCUCUACGUCAACGUCGAAGUCGGUCAUCAUAUUUACCUCCUCCGAAGAGAGCACCUCGACACAGACUCGGUUCGUGCCGGACCCGACCACUUCCUCGUCGCCUCCCGUGGCCACCAACACCCGGACGACGACAUCCGCAGCACCCACGACCAGGCCGAACAGCACAUCGACUGGAACGCCUCCGGUGACGGUCAACGGCGCGAACAGCCGAGGCGGAUCGCUCCUUCAGGCCGUGGCCGCCGGUGCCAUGGCCCUGCUCGCGAUCUGAGAUGGACCGU